AUGAAUGAAAUUUGCGAAAUUGUGACUUCCCAAAAGGGAAAAGACAAAUUAAAUAUUCAUGGCUAUUUGUUAAUUAAGGAGCAAAAUCGAAAAAACACCUACUAUUGGUGUUGUGAAGAGCGGAAAUCAGGAAAUUGUAAAGGCAGAGCUGUAACCGUUUUUGACAAUGGUCAACAUUAUCUUAAGAAAUUUAAAAAACACAAUCAUUCACCUAGAACAGGCCGUAAAGAUGUUGUAAAGCUUAUUUCUAAUAUUAAACAACAAGCCAAAAAUACAAGAGAUAAACCCAGUCAAAUAAUACAGAAUAAUCUUGCUAAUGUCUCUGAAGGAAUUAUUCCUUAUAUACCAUCGUAUGAAGCUCUUCGCUCAACUAUCAAACGUGCAAGACGAACAGAAUCAACAUUAGAACCAAAAAGUCUUGAUGAAAUUGAUAUUCCUACCUCCCUUUGUUUUACAUUAUCUGGAGAUCUAUUUUUUUUAAAAAAUGCAAUUGUAGAUCAAGAAGGAUAUCUUUUAUUUUCUACAAUAAAAAAUAUUCGAUACUUAUCACAAGCAACGUUCUGGCUUAUGGACGGCACUUUUAAGAUAGUGCCUAAACUUUUCUAUCAGUUGUAUACGAUCCACGCACCAGUAGGUGCAACAAGUAAUUGUAGAAUUCUUCCCUUGGUCUAUGUGCUUAUGACAAAUAAAAAUGAAGAGCUCUAUCAACAAUUAUUUCAAGAUCUAAAUGAAAUUGCUGAAGAAAAUAAUAUAGCACUAAGUCCGUCAAUUAUUAUUACAGAUUUUGAACGUGCUUCAAUUAAUGCAUCGCGUAAUGAAUUUCCAGAUACUACAAAUAAAUGUUGCUUUUUUCAUUUGGGGCAAAGUGGUUGGCGUAAGAUUCAAAAAGUUGGAUUGGCUAAUCAAUAUGGUGAUGAUGAUAAUCUUAGUUUAAGAUUACGCCAACUAUUCGCAUUAGCAUUUUUACCUGCCAAUGAAAUUCCUUCUGCAUUUAUCAUUUUAAAGCAACAUAUGCCUUCGAUUACAAGUGAAGUUGUAGAAUGGUUUGAAUUUACAUAUGUUCUUGGAAAACCACGACGAGAAUUACAAGAUGGUGUUCCAAGAACUCAAAACAAAGUUGAGGCCUGGCAUCAUCGUUUUGGAACUUUAGUUGGUCGAUUACAUGUAGGAGUUUAUACAAUUAUUCAAGAGUUUCAGAAGGAACAACAAUUUGUUGAACUUGAAGUUGAAAGGAUCAUACGUGGUGAUCCACAACCAAAACGAAGACAACAAAUAAUUGAUCAAGAACAAAGAAUUAUGGAGAUUGUUAAUAAUCGUACAAAUCUUACAGUAAUGAAUUAUUUACGUGGAAUUGCUUACAAUUUUUCUUUAUAA